AUGCAGAGAAGACCAAAGUUGAGAACAAAGAUGAGGGAAAUUGGAAAUGGUAAAUAUGAGGGAAUUCGCCGCCCACCACCAAGCGAUACCGAUGUUAUUUUUGAUGGGGAUUCUGACGUCGAUGUCGAACCCGAAUCUGAAACAGAUUCCAUGAUGCCAGUAGGGGACAAAGGCGAACAAAAGAGCAAAUUUCAGAAAUCAUUGAAGGAACGUAGAUCCAUCAUUGCACCUGAAUCCGAUGGAGAAGAGGGAUUUGAGUCUGGGUUUGGGUUCAAAUCUCGACCUCAAUCUAGUUCUAUCAACUUUAGCACAGAGAUCGAGAACCAGGGUUCAGUAACAGGCAAUGGUGAUUUUGAUAAGAUCGAAGAUCCGUAUCAACAAGACAGUGAAGAUUCAUCCUCUCUUCAGCUCACACCUACAUCUACAGCCGAGUUCGCUACAGAAUCUGAUUCUCAAUCGAUACACCAGAUUUCAGCCAAGUCAGAAAUUGAUCAUGAUUUCGCAUCUGGCGAGGGGGCAGAUGCGAACCACAAAGCCGAGACUGCAUCUCAAGCAGCUGCGCAUUUAGAUUCAUUGGAUCCUAUGAAUCCAUCCGUCGAGCAAGACGAUACAAGACGCAAUGCCAGCAUACGAGCCACGAUAAAAGAACUUCAAAAUCCCGCUGUCACAGCACUCUUCCACAUGUUUCUCGCUUUUAUACUCAUCCUUACAUUCGUAUACCUUGAGAUUGUUCUUCCUGAAGAUGACCAGGCCUACUUCUGUGGCCGCCCUUCGACGAUGGCGCUGCUAAACAGUGUUAUACUCUUGCUUUCCUGGGAGAUGUUUGUCCUAUUUGAUUUUAUAUUGCUAGGUAACAUGGGGUUUUGUGACAUCAGAUAUCAUGAUGUGGAAGAGAUUCCAGACGUUCGGUUGACCGAGGUGUUAAAUCAAUUGAGGUUUCAUCGUAUAAGAAGUAUUUUAACGCCACUUAUCGCUUGGAUAUGGUUUUGGAUCUUUGCGAGUUCGCCUGUGGCCCGAUUUUCGAGUUGUCAUGGGAAAGGAAUAUGCUCGGCAGAGGGACUAGGGGGGGGGGGGGGGGGGGGGGGGGGUGAGAACAAUACCGCAAAUGCCACCGCUGUUGCAUUUGUUGAUUCUACCUCGCAUGUCCUGCUGGGAGCAAUUAAAAAUGCUACUAAUGCCACCAUGAAAGCUCUCAUGGACGCUGCAGCUCAGGAUUGA